UGAUAAUCCAUACGGAAGAUAAGCCUUUCUGUUGUGAAGCAUGUGGACAAAGAUUUAAAUUUAAAUCAAAUUUAAACGCACACAUUAAAACUCACACAGGUCAGAAGCCUGUCUGUUGUGAUCUGUGUGGAAAAAGAUUUAACCAAGAAGCAUAUUUAAAAAGACACAUGAGAAUCCAUACAGAACAGAAGCCUUUCUGUUGUGAUCUAUGUGGAAAAAGGUUUAGGCGAAAAUCUUAUGUAAAGACACACAUGAGAAUCCACACAGGAGAGAAGCCUUUUUGUUGUGAUUUAUGUGGAAAAAGCUUUCGUCAAACAUCUACUUUAAAGACACACAUGGGAUUCCAUACAGGACAGAACCCUGUCUGUUGUAAUAUAUGUGGGCAAAGUUUUAGCCAAAAGUCUAAUUUAAACACACAUUUGAGAAUCCAUACAGGACAGAAGCCUUUUUGUUGUGAUCUAUGUGGACAAAGUUUUAGCCAAAAAUCUUAUUUAAACACACACAUGGGAAUCCAUACAGGACAGAAGCCUUUUUGCUGUGAUCUAUGUGGACAAAGCUUUAGCCAAAAAGCAUAUUUAAAGAAACACAUGAUAAGCCAUACAAGACACAAGCCUUUCUGUUGUGAUAUAUGUGGAAAAAGCUUUAGCAGAAAAUAUGAUGUUAGGAAACACAUAAGGAUCCAUGCAGAACAGAAGCCUUUCUGUUGUGAUUUAUGUGGAAAAGGCUUUAGCCAAAACGCACAUUUAAACAUGCACAAGAGAAUCCAUACAGGAGAGAAGCCUUUUUGUUGUGAUCUUUGUGGAAUAAGAUUUAUACAAAAAUCAAGUUUAAACAGACACAUCAGAAUCCAUACAGGACAGAAGCCUUUCCGUUGUGAUCUAUGUGGACAAAGC